AUGGCAGCAUUACGUCCUAUUCUUAAAGGUUUAGAAAAACUUCGUGGUGCUAAUAAACCAUCCUGUGAUAAACAAGAAACUAAUUCAACUUAUUUAUAUCCAAUUCCUAAAGAGUCAUCUUAUAUAUAUGAAAAUCCUCCAGAACCAUCUGAUACACCAUAUGAUAUUAUUAUUCGUAUUAAUAGUAUUAAUGCAUUACAAACAACUGGUUGGGAUAUUAUACUUGGACAAAAUACAAAGGAUGCCAUAUCAGAACUAUCAACACCUGCAGAUAAUCACGGUGUAAUCGUUUCAGUUGUUGGUUCAUAUAAUCGUGGCAAGUCAUUUUUACUUAAUCAACUUUGUAAUAUUGAAUUACCUAAUGGUAAUUUAAUACAUACAGAAGGUAUAUCUAUUACAGCAGGACGAGAUUUAGCUGAAAAUAUAAUUUUUAUUGAUACUGCUGGUACUGAUACUCCCAUACCAAGAGAUAAACUUGAUGAUAAAAAAGCUACAGAAGCUCUUCUAAGAGAAAUAGCUCUUUACUUAUGUUCAUACAUCAUUAUUGUUGUUAAUCGUCUACGUGCUACAGAUCAAUCAUAUAUUCAACAAGUUUUGAAACAUUGUGAAAGUUCUAAUUCAAAUAAAAACAUAAUUAUUGUUCACAAUUUAAUGGAUGUACAAACAAUUGAAGAUGUAAAUAAAAUAAUAAAAGAAGAAGUUGAAUAUCUUUUUGGUGCUAAACUUGAUAUAAUGAAAUUACAAGUUAAUAAUAUAUCGAAUGAUAUCAAAUUUUUUCAUUCGAAACAAAAUGGUAUUACACUUCGUCAUUUCAUUUUUACAAAACAUGGAUUUGAAGCAGGAAAAAUAUGGAAUAGACAAUCUAUUGAUGGUAUAAUGAAUAUUUUACAAACAGCGCAAGAUUGUAGAAGAGAUCUUGAUGUUAUUAAUGAAAUGAUAAAUUUUGUUAAUACGAAACUUCCACAAUUAUUUAUCGAUAAUAAUACACAGAAAUUACAAGUACAAAUGCAUAUUAGAAAACCCCAUAUUGUACUUACUCAACGAAGAGAAUUAGAAGAUCUUGAACAAAAUCCUUAUCCAUUAAAACUCUCACCAAAACUUCUUUAUGAUGAUGCAGGUUAUUUUAUAGGUAUUGGUUCACAAGAUAAUGGACAAUGGCAACCUAUUUAUAAUCUAUAUGAGACUGAUGAAAAAAUAUAUGCUAUUGUUGAACUUGCAGGUUUUAAAAAAGGUGAAUCACGUAUUGAAAUUCUUGAAGAAGCAAUUAUUAUCGAUGGUUGUCGUGAUGAUUUUAAAAAAUUAUUAAUAAAUCCAAGAACUCAUCAAGAAAAAAUUCCUAUGGGUAAAUUUAAAAUAGAAAUUCCUUUGAAAUGUCGUGUUGACCCUGAUAAAUCAUCGGCAGAACGUGAUGAAGGUUUUUGGAAAAUUAUAUGUGAAAAGAAAAAAGCUGCUACGAAAAUUUUUGAAUAA